AUGGAGAAUGGUCGAUCACCAGUUCCGCCAUUCCCAGUUGAUACGGGUACAUAUCAAGACUGGGAUGAGUGGAAAAAAACGUUAGAAUUCUACUUCACCGCAGAAAAGGUCACCGAUCCCGCCAUCAAACAGGCAAAAUUGAUACUAUAUGGUGGUAAGGAUAUGCAGAAAAUGUACUAUUCCUUCCCAAUUGUAACCAAGCUGCCUGACAACGCCGAUCUAUACACGUACACGAUAGAAUGCUUCGAUUCCAAGUUGGGAAAAGAGACUUCAAAAUGGUUUGAACGAUACCAACUGACCCAGAUACGUCAAGGUAAGGAUGAGAAAUUCGCCUCCUUCCUUUUGCGCCUCCAGUCUCAAGCCCAGAAGUGCGACUUCAACAAAGACUUAGUAGAUGAGGCGGUGCAAUUGCAAAUCAUCGUUGGGUGCUUUUCUGCGGAGCUGCUGAAAGAAUUGUUUCAAACCAAGGCAAAAACGAAGUUGAAAGAAUUCGAAGAAAUAGCUCGCGUUCUCGAGUCAGUUACAGCACAAUCAGCGGCGCUUCAAUCACCAGCAGCGGCUCCCCCUUCAUCGGCACCUGUAAAUAAGGUCUCCGAGAAAAAGAAAGCGAACUGGAGAAAAAAGCAAACUGCUCAACCGUCUACUGGCAACGAUCGCGACAAAUCGAGUCCAAAACCAGUCAAAAUCGAGUGCUACUGUUGCGGAAAAGAUGACCAUCUUGCUCGUGACCCGAAGUGCCCGGCGAAAAAAGCGACGUGCGGUAAAUGCGGGAAAGUCGGACAUUACAGAAAGUGCUGCAUGAUUGGAAAAUCAAGCGAGCAGAAUGCGUCGAAGAAUGUGGUAAAAACGGUCAGUAAUGAGCCAAUAUUUUGCAUCAACAGCAGUGAAACAACGAAUAGCGACGAAUUGGUGCCGUGUGUAUUCGGAGGUGUUAACUGUGAGAUGUUCGUUGAUUCAGGUUCGUCGUACACUAUCGUUUCAUAUGAUCGUUGGCGCAAAAUGCGUAAGCAUAAAGAUUUUUCGGUAGUCCAAUUCGUUUCAAAACCGAACGUCAAUUUCGUCGAUGGUUCCGGCCAAGUUUCUUACAAGGUUCGUUUAUCUGCACUCGUUGAGAUCGCCUGUAACGAUCAUCGUUGUAUCGCUGAAGUUAUCGUUGUGAACGAGGAAAUGCAGUUGUUACUGGGCAGAGACGAUGCAAAAGCGUUAGGUGUACUUCGAGUUGGUUUAGACGCUUGUUCUAAUGUGCGUAUUAAAGCGGUUUCGUCAUCUAAGCCAGCCCCCCUCGGUUUGUUGAAAGAUUUCGAGCUAGAAAUUCCAAUUGAUGAGAAUGUAACUCCUGUGAUCCAGCCUAUGUACCGAGUUCCGAUUGGUUUACGACCGGCAGUAGAAAAAUGUAUCAACGAGUUGCUCGAGUUAGACGUCAUCGAACUGGUCACGGAGGCAUCGAGAUGGGUUUCACCGAUCAUUUUAGAGCCCAAGGGUGAAGAUGAUUAUCGCUUAUGCGUCGAUAUGCGUCGUGCGAACGAGGCGGUGUUGAUGGAAAAACAUCCUAUACCUACGAUGGAAGAUUUUGAGCCAGAAAUAACUGAUGCUAGAGUUUUUAGUAAAAUCGAUUUGCGUUGGGCGUACCGGCAGAUUUUGAUGUCCAAGAAAUCACGUCUCAACUGCGCGGCAGAGAAAUACCAAAAGAUUUUAGAAGCUAUUUUAGCAGGUUGUAAAGCUCUGAUUUAUAUUGACGAUAUUGUUGUGUAUGGUAAGGAUCAAGCUGAACAUGAUGCGAACCUCAAAGCUGUGUUAAGUAGACUUCGUGAGUGUGGCCUUGAGAUCAACAUGCAAAAGUCGAAAUUUGGUCAGAGUGAAGUUACGUUUCUAGGUCAUGUUAUUGGCAACGGUACGAUUCGUCCUACUCUCAAUAAGGUCCAAGUUAUUCAAGAGUUCAGGUUACCUGAGUCCGGAAAGUUCAUUCCGAAUUUAUCGUCGGAACUUGAUCUCUUGAGACAAGUGGCUCGAACUACUCCAUUUUCUUGGUCGCCUGAAGCGGUCCAGCACUUCAUCCAUAUUCAGUCGAUGUUAUCCGAAGAAUCUUAUCUAUAUUUGUUCGAUCCGGAGCUACCAACUACGGUGAUGGCUGAUGCCAGUCCGGGGUAUAAGUAUCGAGUGAGGUACGCGCCAGGCAAGAAUAAUAUUGCGGAUCCGUUGUCUCGUUUAUUAGAAGUUGGCGAAGAUGUUGUUACGGGAAACGAAGGCGGAUGCUGA